CCAUCCCGAAGGCAAGAUGGACAAUCGGACACUUCAGCUCGUUCUGUUUUGCACUUUGUCCUUGUCAGGUGUCCUGGGUGUAAACAUGGAGGAACAGCUGAUCAAGCUUCUUUUCACGGAGAGACAGUACGACAGGAAUGUGCGCCCGGUGGUAUCCAGGAACGACACCGUGAAAAUCGAACUGGGUCUGACGCUUUCCAACCUGCUCUCCCUGAAAGAAGCAGAUGAAACUCUCACCACCAAUGCCUGGCUUGAGCAGAUCUGGACGGAUUAUCGGCUGCAAUGGAAGAAAGAGGAGUACGGAGGGGUCACUGUGCUCCGUGUCCGGCCGGAGAUGGUGUGGCUGCCGGACAUUGUUCUGGAGAAUAACAAUGACGGAAACUUUGAGAUUGCGUACAGUGCCAAUGUACUGGUGGAUUCUGACGGAGGGGUCUAUUGGCUACCUCCUUCCAUCUUCCGCACUGCCUGCCCUAUCAAUGUCAAUUACUUCCCUUUUGACUGGCAGAAUUGCACCCUGAGGUUCUGCUCCCUGAGGUACAACGCCAAUGAGAUCGACCUGCAGCUCAAAUCAGUUAACAAGAACAAUCGCGUGCAUCUUGUGGAAUGGAUCAACAUUGAGCAGGAAAGUUUUAAAGAAAAUGGUGAAUGGGCGAUUAUCCACCGCCCGGCUCGCAAAAACAUCGACUCGUUGGUCCCUCGAGACAGCAACAAACACCAGGACGUCACCUUCUACCUCAUCAUUAAGCGCAAACCUCUCUUUUACAUCAUCAACAUAGUCACUCCCUGCAUCCUCAUCGCCUUCAUGAUCAUUCUCGUCUUCUACUUGCCAGCUGACAGUGGCGAGAAGGUGACUUUAGCAAUCUCCAUCCUCUUGGCUCAGUCUGUCUUUCUGCUGCUGAUUUCCCAGCGUCUCCCAGCCACCUCCUUCGCCAUCCCCCUCAUUGGCAAGUACCUGCUCUUCGUCAUGCUUCUCGUGACUGCAGUCGUAGUGAUGUGUACCGUGGAGCUCAACAUUCAUUUUCGGAGCCCCAGUACCCAUGUUUUCUCUGAAUGGACCAAAGAGAAAACCUGGUUUAUCAGAGUGGACUCAGACAGGAAAUACAACCAGAUGAGCUAA